AUGCUAGUUUCCAAGAAAAGCCGCCGUAAUUCUAGGGAUGCGUCAAAGAAAGGAAAGUCUGAACAAAUCGUGGGGAGCGGAAGUCAAGAACAAGAAAGCAGGCACGGGAAAGGGGGAAUUAGAAUCAAAGAUGGAGAGGAGUCCCCGAUCUCAUCAGCGGGGGCGAAGAAUCAGGCCAACCAAUGGGCACAAGGACAAGAAAGGAAAGGGAAUACAAUCCGAAAUGACAAGGAAAUUUUGUCGACUGUGGGUAAGGGGGGUUCUAAAGGGAAAGAAGUUUUGCGGGAUGGCCAGGAUCUGGGUAAGGGGCUUUUGGGUUCCGGCCCAACCAAGGGACUAAACAUGACCGGUCGGCCUCCUCCCACUCUGGAUUCUAACAAAGCUUCUUCGUCAGCUCAAACUCCCGCUUCUCCUAAAGAGUUGGCUUCCCGGUCAAACCCUCUUGAUCCUCCUCAAGGAGCUGGGCCGUUGGCGGACAAGGGAUUAGGGCCCAUUAACCAACCAGCUAUCCAAAUGGUUGUCGGGCCAAACGACACCAAGAUGCAGAUCGUUUCAAUUUCUUCAUCCCCAAAGAUGAGUCGGCAACCCAACGCAAGGUCUCCAUUGGCGGCGGAGCGAACGAAAAGCAGAAAGGGCUCUCCGCGGCAGUCAAAGAAGGGAACCCCGGUGAAACUCCAGGCUUCGAAGGCUCUUCACGUAUGGUCCCCCGUGAAAGAUAGGAAAGUUAAAGCAAAAGCUCGGAUGGCGUCCCUUACUCUUCAAGAGAUCAACGCCUGGACUGGGGCGAUGAAAGAAGCUAAUUCGAGCCUGGACCAGACGGAUACCUGCUUAGUCCCGACGGAGAACUCUGCCUCGGUGGGAGACCCGGCCACUGCUCCUGCCUCUUCGAAUUAA